GAUUGCUUGCAGGAAACCUCACGGUGAACAAUUCUGUUUGAAGUUUCGACAGGGUUCUAGCCAACCAGAAUCACUGACGUGGUUGUUGUUAAAAAGGCUUUUCACAAUGCUGACGUUGCCCUUGCAUGAGCUUUGGCUGACCACAGUUUGACGGAAUGCUGUGGUAUGAAUGAUCCGAUCCACACUGACUGACAUGGCGCUGGAUAGAAGCUAGCUCUAGAAGGGCAGCAAUCAAGCAAUACUAGUAGAUGCUGAUGGUUGAUGAUGUGUGCUUUCCUUCUCCAGCAACAACACGUUGAAAGGUCUUUCCUUCCUUCGCACCCUUUUGGGCCAACUUGGAUAUCUCACAAAUUUUGAUUGCUUUCAGUAAUCUACCUCCAAAUCUUUUGCAACCUCCAUUUUUUUGUGCAUCAACAUCCAAGAUGUCUCCCAAACCUGACCAUGACAGUGACAAUGAGGAAGAAAUUGAAGACUUGACUCUUGACAUGAUGAAAGAAGGGAAUGACGAUUUGAUUGAAAAUGCUGGACAAGUCCACUUGGCUGCUUCUCAAGCCUGGGGAAGAGGCGUGGUGGCUGAUAUCCGCCGUACCAUUGGAACCCACUGGUUCAAGGAAAUGACCAACUUUAACCAAAAGACGGUCGCGGUCGCGUGUCUCAUCUUCAUCUCCAUCAUUCCGCCCACGUUGGCAUUUGGAGCCAGUUACGGAAAAAUGAGCAACAACCGCGUUGGAGCCAUUGAAACCAUUCUGGCCACUUCUUGGGUUGGAGUCGCAUACUCCCUGAUUGGAGGAAUGCCCAUGUGCAUCAUUGGGUCCACGGGUCCCGCCUUGGCAUUGUCCACUGCCAUCAAGAACAUUUCCGAAAGUGCUGGCAUGGAAUACCUAUCAUUCAAUGGAUGGAUCUCCAUCUGGUUGCUAUUCUACUGUGUCGCGGCGGGAUUCUUUGAUUUGACGAGAUACGUCAAAUUGGCCACGAGAUUCACAGAUGAAAUAUUUGCUCUACUCAUUGUGGCCAUCUUUGUCAUGGAUGCCGUUGGUGAUCCAUUCAGCCCUUCCGGAAUUCUCAGAUAUUUUGAUGACGAACACAGGUCACACGCUAUCCAUGAAGGAGACGAAGACUACGAAUACUUGACGGUCGCACUUCUCAGUACCAUUCUCGGUUUCGGAACAACAGCCCUUAUCUUCUUCUUCCGAAGCUUCAAAUUCUCGUCCUUCUUCUGCAGUGACAACAGCCGAAGCUUGGUUCAUGAUUUCGCUGUCACCAUGUCGGUACUUAUCUGGACACUUGUCAAGGAAUUCCUAUUCCCCAAUGUCAACACUGAAGGUCUACAAGUGCCCGAUAAAUUCGAACCAUCCUUCCAAUGCUGCGAUGCCGAAUGUACAAAGUUCUGGCCGACCGAGUGUGAAGGACAAGAGGCGCCAGUCGGAACCAGAAAUUGGUUUGUCGAUCUCUUUAGCGUUCCAUCCUGGGCUCCCUUUGCUGCUGCAGGACCUGCCAUUAUGGCAUUCCUUCUCUGUUACCUCGACAAUGGAAUCACUUGGCACUUGAUCAACCACAAGCACCACAAACUCACUCAUGGAGAAGCAUACAACUAUGAUCUUUGCUUGAGUGGAUUCUUCAACUGCAUCAAUGGAUUGAUGGGAUUGCCUUGGUUGGUGGCAACCACUGUUCCCUGUAUCAUUCACUUGAACUCGCUCGCUGACAAGGAUGCACAAGGAAAUUUCCUAUACGUCCAAGAGACUCGAUUGACCAUGUUCUUCUCUCAUGCCUUGCUGGGACUUUGCAUGCUCUUCUUGGGUGUCUUGAAGCUUUUGCCGCUUCCGGUGUUGUACGGUGUCUUUCUCUUUAUGGGUCUCUCCUCUCUUCCUGGAAUCCAGUUCUGGAACAGAUUCCUCCUCUUCUUCCAACAACCCAGUCGAUGGCCCGAAACUGUGUUCACCAAGUACAUGGAAAAGGGAAGAAUUCACAAGUACACUAUCAUCCAAAUGCUCUUCUUCUGUGGUGUAUUUGGUGUCAUGAAUGUCAAGGCUAUUUCCAUUGCAUUCCCUUUCAUGACCUUCCUCUGUAUCCCUGCCAGACUCUUCUUCUUGCCCAAGUUUUUCAAGGGGUGGGAGCUCUGUGUCUUGGAUGGAGAAGAUGAUCAAAUUGAAGAGUGGACACAAGCUAAGCAUGAUUCCAUUCGAGGAUUCAGCUUCCGCGCCAAUGACGAUCCCGCCGUGUUGGGAGAAGACGACGAGGACAUUCCAGAGGUCUAGACGAACUAGACCUCCUGCAGUGAUGAUUUCCAUUAUUUCCGGCCUCCUUCCGUCUUCUUUUCCAGACACACUUUUUAGCCAUGUACAGUAAAUACAAAAUUAGGAAUACUUUUUGAUGUU